GGUCUGAUAUUGGGAGGCGGCGAUUGGCUCCUUGAGGAUGCUUCACUCACGUGAUCCGUUUCCGUGCUGUUAUCCCAGGGGGUCGAGGAGAAAGGGGCCGCUUUUGUGCACGAUGAUUGCUGUGUGAGAACGAGGCGGUGCGUGUCACGUCACUUCCCCUCCGGGCUAAGCGAGCCGGGUCCGCGCGGGCGGCGGGAGCGGUGUCUGGGGAGGGGGUUCCCGCUCCCUGAGCCGGGCUGCGAUAGGGUGCUGAUCAUUUGUGUCCAAAUUCCCUCCUGCCCCACCCCCCGCAUCCUUUCACUGACAGUCCCCUCAGACAUGGAUUAAGUGGCUGUUUCUUCCACCCCUUCGCUGCUCCGGCCCUGGGAAGAGCGCUGGCGCGCACCUGGUUUCUCUCUAGAGAUCUCCUGCAGAGAAAGAGACCGUCAGCAUGGCCACAACAUUGGGCAGUCUGGAAGAUGGUGUGUCAGAAUGACGUACUGCACGUUGCUAUGGAGAUGCCAAAUCCUAGUUGUGUGGCUUGCUCACCCAAGUCUUAAUUGAGAUGACCAGUGUUGAGACGGUCGUGACCUAAUCAGCAUCCACUUCUCUGUGGAUGUACCUUCCUCAUCAGCAUUCACUUUAAAAACAAGGGAACAGAUUGGUCAGAAAUGCUAACUGCACAGCUAGUGAGCUCCAUUUAGGCAUCUCAGGAUUAGAAUGGCAGGAGCACUGCAAGUUACAAUUCAGGUGUAUUGCUCUCUUCAUGAGCAGUGUAAACUCAUGGCUGAAGGGGGAAAAAAAUAACUGAUCCACUAGAGGGCACUAAACACUGAUUUAUAGGGUUUGAGGGGGACAACAUACCUGGAGAACGGGGAUGCUUAUUGAAGCCUGUCUGUGUGUCAAAGAGUUGUGUGACACAGCCCUGUCUCCAGGACUGCGCCUUUCGAUACACAGCACUCUGAGACAAAAAUUGUAUUCAGGUGACACUGUGAACACAUGAAUGGCAGGAGAAGACUGUUAGCUGCCUCUGUAAUUUCUGUCCAAAACUCCAACUUUGUGUACCCUUCUUGUCAAAACUGCUUUUCUAAGCUGAUACUAGAUUCUAAUAGGUUUAACUGUCUAAAAUGUGGCUGCACGGGUGAAGCUAAGGAUGCAAACUACAGGUAUAAGCUGUCCCUAAAAGUUGCUGGCACUAGUGAUUUAUUUGCCAUUACCGUGUUUGGAAGCUCUUUAGAUCCAUUCUUUGGGGUCACAGCAGGAAGUCUGCAGAGGUAUAUUCAAGAUUUUAACCAAGUAUCAGGAGAGCUGGACAGAGAUGCAUCUCCAAGUGUGUUAAUUCAAGCAGUCAAAACUUGUUUCAUUGGGAGAAGAUUUAUAUUUGGAGUGAAGAGCUCUGAAAACCAUGAUGGAGGGCACUCUGUUUCUGACAACAUUUUGCAAAACUGCUACAGAAAUAAUAGACUUACAAGAGAUCUUACAGCCUGCCAGAUUUUCCUGCCAAACACGGCUGUUGCCGGCUUUACUGUUAUCAGCUACUUCCGUCAGCUCCUGCAAUCAGCUAAUUUCAGGAGCAGUCACAGUAGCUCACAGCGACCUGGUUGUCCUUUCAUUGCAAUAGAUCAGCCUAGCAGUGAGCUCAGCAGCUUGUGUAGCUCUGGCAGCAACUCAUGUUUUGUUCAGUCAAGUGGCCGAGAGAGUUUUUCAGGACCCUGGCAGCAGUCCUUUGGCCUGACUUCUUCAUCUGUUGAUUGGGUAACAACAGAAGACUUUUCAUCUUUAGAACUGGGCAAGGCUGCUGGUGAACAGUGUAAACUACAGGAGAGGCGUUUCUCUGCAGAACUAUGCACCCUAAGCCCCAGCAACCAAGCCAUUCAAGAUUUACAGCUCUGUAACCCUAUGAAUGAGAGAAAUGAACAGGAAGAUAAUGAAUUCAGUUCACUAUCUAGUCACUCAAACACGAUCACUGCAACUGAAAAACUAGAGAGCUUCUCUUCUUUAAAGAGAGAAUGGUCACCUGACAGGAACAGGUCCAGGUUGUUACAAAGCCCAUUGGAUUUAAAAUACUCUUACCCAGAGAUUAUCAGCAGACAUGAUUACUUUCAAGAAAACUCUUUUAACUCCUUGCUUUACCAGAGAAAAGAUUAUUCAUUUUGCACCUCAGCAGUGUCUCCUAAUCAUGGAAUUGCAGCUGGAACUUCUCAGGAUGACUCUCUGAUUUGGGACGAGUUGCCGUUCUCUGAAAGUCUAAAUGAAUUCAUAGCCAGAAUUGAAAACAACAAGAGCACCAUAUCCCCAGUAGGUCUCAAUGCUCAUAAAUGUUCCAUGCAUGAAAGAAGUGAGUUGGAUGAAAAUCAUAGCAAAACAUCAUGUAGGCAAGGCAUUGUACAUACUGCCUGCAAAUCAACCACCACAACAGGGAGGUUCCCACAACUAGCAGAGAAUGUGAAUACUUGCAAAGAGCAUAUUACCUCCUGCCAUCAAUCAAACCUCACUCCUGUAAAUGGCCAAGUAUCACAGAGUGAGCCUUUGACCAGCAUUUUAUCUACAAGUACUAAGGGAGGCAGAGAGUCUGACUUUUUACCUAACCCACCUCUGCUAGUGCUGUCACAGUCAGCAGUUAGAGCAACUUCUGCUCUUUCAGCGGGCAGUUUUCUACAAUCUGAGGAAGCAAAUGUUAAUAUUUCAAACAGUGCCCAUUCUUUCACCAACCUUCAGUGUACUAUGAAAGAUGCAGAAAGCCCGUAUUUACAAAGGAGAGAGAAACCUGCCCACUUACAUUCUCUAUAUGAUGGCUGUGUCGCUGAUUGGGAAAAUAAAGAAAAUUGUAGUUAUCCACCAGACCCAAGAACAGAUUUUACAAGUUCUCAAGAACUGGGCUGUGAUCCAGCGGCUCCCUACAAAGCUAAAAAUAUGCAUAAGAGCGAAUUAGAACCAUUAACUGAAUUGCAAGAAAAUACCGUUAGAGCUAUAAACCAGAGUGACUUGCUACAGAACAACUCCAAUCACCUCAAAAGCAGCUACAAUGCUUCUGCUGACCUCUUCGAUGCUAGCGCCAGAGAGAUAGAAACCAUGGUAGAAUUUUCAGAUAAGUCUCACAACUCUUCAGCACAGGAAGAUGUUUUGACUGAAAAGUACACAGCAUCUGAAUUAGAGUGUAGUCCAUUAGAUGUUGACUGCAGCUAUUCGAAGUGCAGAUCCUCACUUAGUUUACCACCUCCUUUUGGUAUACACAGUACACCCAUAACUUACUCACUUUAUGAUUCAGAACUUGAUCUGGUAGAUACCCAGAACUUUGUUCCUUAUUCACAGUCAACUCCUGUUGCAAGACCUCUUCAAAAAUUCAGAUCCCAGAGGGGGAGAGAAUCAGUUCUCCCUAAAUUGACAUCUAAAAGUCCUACUAAAAUCCACUGCAAAUGUAAACUGUCUAGGCCUUCUUUUAAAAAUACUUUAUUAAGACAAUUUACCAGCAACUUCCUGAAACACAAAAGUUCAAGUAACACAGCCAUCAAUAAGUCUGUUUCACAGCAGUCGUUUAUCAACAGCGAGGUGCCAGAGAAUGACUCUAAAGAAUGGAUCCCUCCAUCAGCAACAAAAUUGUUACAGCCAGUUGCAUUUUCUAAUUUAAAAACAGUUGGAUUGCAAGCUAGGAGCCCAGCUAUCUGCAAACCCCUUGACAAAAAAACUAUUUCUGAAGACAAAGCCAACAAUGGAAAGUCAAGAACUGAUACAUGUUUAAGAAGCAGAAAAUUAAAUCCUAUGAAUAGAGCUGGAAUUCCAGCAACUGCUAAACCUGCAAAUGCUGCUAAGGCCUCGCUUCUAGAAGAUGCAGUCUCUGGAACUUGUGCCUGCUCAGAAACCCAGAAGAGCCAUUCAUGUGCAACUUAUUUAGUGGGUGGACUGGAUGAGGCAGUUAGCUGGUCUCCUGAACUGUUUACAGAAAAAUACUAUUUCUAAGUGUGUGGCUUUUGGGGAAAAAAGCCUCAUCUUGAAACAUGACUCCACCUCAUUUUGUUUAAUUUUUGGAAGGGUGCCAGCCUUACCAGAGAAGGAAAAGGGCUGUUUUAAAAAAAAUGUAAUUAUUCAUAUAUCUCUUGGCAUCUGUCUUGUUUAAGAUGAAUUAUGCCUACCUGCAAAGCCUUUUGUCCUGCACGGAGGUUGGGGAACACAGAACCCUGCUGUCACUUUAUUUUCUUGUGGAUGAAAUGACUAAGCUAAAAAAAUGUGAAAUAAAAGUUUAACAUUAA